GCGAGAGCGAGCAGGAGGCAGAUUGAGACUAAGAGACCUUCAGAGAAGAUCAGGAGAGAUCCACAAGAGGAGGAAGCUUCAAGAAGCUCUGCAGAGGAGACUCUGGUCUACAGACUGAAAGGAAAGUGAGCCAAGAUGUCUGCAGCUAAAAACGUGGCCAUCGGCAUCGACCUGGGCACCACCUACUCCUGCGUGGGGGUCUUCCAGCACGGGAAAGUAGAAAUCAUCGCCAACGACCAGGGCAACAGGACCACCCCCAGCUACGUGGCCUUCACUGACACGGAGAGGCUGAUCGGGGACGCGGCCAAGAACCAGGUGGCCCUGAACCCCGGUAACACCGUGUUUGAUGCCAAGAGGCUGAUUGGAAGGAAGUUUGAUGAGGCGGUGGUGCAGGCGGACAUGAAGCACUGGCCCUUCAAGGUGCUGUCAGAAGGAGGGAGGCCCAAAAUUCAAGUGGAGUACAAAGGGGAGAACAAAGCUUUCUUCCCCGAGGAGAUCUCAUCCAUGGUGCUGGUAAAGAUGAAGGAGAUCGCUGAAGCCUACCUGGGCCACAAGGUGUCCAACGCCGUCAUCACGGUCCCCGCCUACUUCAACGACUCGCAGCGACAGGCCACCAAAGACGCGGGCGUCAUCGCGGGACUCAACGUCCUGAGGAUCAUCAACGAGCCCACGGCGGCGGCCAUCGCGUACGGUCUGGACAAAGGCAAGACGGGAGAGAGAAACGUCCUGAUCUUCGACCUGGGCGGAGGCACCUUCGACGUGUCCAUCCUGACCAUCGAGGACGGCAUCUUUGAGGUGAAGGCCACGGCCGGAGACACCCACCUGGGGGGAGAGGACUUUGACAACCGCAUGGUCAACCACUUUGUGGAGGAGUUCAAGAGGAAGCACAAGAAGGACAUCAGCCAGAACAAGAGAGCCUUGAGGAGGCUGCGCACAGCUUGUGAGAGGGCCAAGAGGACCCUGUCCUCCAGCUCCCAGGCCAGCAUGGAGAUCGACUCUCUGUUCGAGGGCGUGGACUUCUACACCGCCAUCACCAGGGCUCGCUUUGAGGAGCUGUGCUCGGACCUGUUCAGGGGAACCUUGGAGCCCGUGGAGAAAGCCCUGAGGGACGCCAAGAUGGACAAGGGCCAGAUCCACGACGUGGUCCUGGUGGGAGGCUCCACCCGAAUCCCCAAGAUCCAGAAACUGCUGCAGGACUUCUUCAACGGCCGGGAGCUGAACAAGAGCAUCAACCCGGACGAGGCGGUGGCCUACGGCGCCGCCGUCCAGGCCGCCAUCCUGACGGGAGACACCUCGGGGAACGUCCAGGACCUGCUGCUGCUGGACGUGGCUCCUCUGUCGCUGGGCAUCGAGACGGCCGGAGGAGUGAUGACGGCCCUGAUCAAACGCAACACCACCAUCCCCACCAAACAGACCCAGGUGUUCAGCACCUACGCUGACAACCAGCCCGGGGUCCUGAUCCAGGUCUACGAAGGGGAGAGAGCCAUGACCAAGGACAACAACCUGCUGGGCAGGUUUGAGCUGACGGGAAUCCCCCCCGCUCCCCGAGGGGUCCCGCAGAUCGAGGUGACCUUCGACGUGGACGCCAACGGCAUUCUCAACGUGUCUGCGGUGGACAAAAGCACCGGCAAAGAGAACAAGAUCACCAUCACCAACGACAAGGGCCGACUGAGCAAGGAGGAGAUCGAGAGGAUGGUGCAGGACGCUGACAAGUACAAAGCCGAGGACGAGCUGCAGAGGGACAAGGUCGCUGCCAAGAACUCCCUGGAGUCCUACGCUUUCAGCAUGAAGAGCAGCGUGGAGGACGAGAGCUUGAAGGGCAAAAUCAGCGAGGAAGACAAGAAGAAGGUGAUCGACAAGUGCAAGGAGACCAUCAGCUGGCUGGAGAACAACCAGCUGGCCGAGAAAGACGAGUACCAGCACCAGCAGAAAGAGCUGGAGAAGGUGUGCAACCCCAUCAUCAGCAAGUUGUAUCAGGGAGGGAGGCCCACUGGUACUUGUAGAGAGCAGGCAGGAGCCCACACCCAGGGGCCCACUAUUGAGGAGGUGGACUAGAGGGCCCCUCAGGUGGACUCUCAUCUCCUGGACUGUUUAGGGUUGACCUGGACCUGUUAGAACCCCAGACUCCUUCUAGACCGCUCACACGCUGCUCCCCAUGGAACAUGGGAGUUCAUCUUUGCUUCAUGAACACUACUGAGCUCUAGAGACUUCAUGCUGAAGUUGCUUUGAUCAUUGCAAUGAAAAAUGUCCUGCACACAAGAGACUUAACGAGUGUUUGCAGCAUGUUAAUGGUUCCUCAAGUUCUUCAACCAUCGUCUACACUGCCUUUGACGCUGAUGUCCAUUUUUACACCUUCAGCUUCUCUGUAGUGUUGGCAUGUUGAACAGUUUCCUUAAAACGUUCUGCAAAUUUGCUGCUGUCUUAAAGUUUUUACUUGGAUCAUUGUAUUUUUACCUGAAUAUGCUGUAUUAUCAAUAAAUACACAAUUCUUUUUUUCCGAGUUCUUUAUCUUCUGCUAGACAGCUAAACUUUAAACUGGCUUAUUUAUUCAUAUUAUUUCAUGGUGAGUUCAUGGCUGUAUUCUGUCAUUUUUCACUGUCAGGCCUGAAAUUCCCCACAAUAAAGGUGUUUUUAUUAAUAUUA